AUGGCUGCUCCUGAAGUUCAUCACUUAUUCCACAACCCCAUCGCCGACCACUCGUUCUCGGCCGAUCACUCAACUCUGGCCGUUGCCCGAGACUCGUCCGUUGAGCUGUAUAGCAAGGCUGGAAAUGCUUUCAAGCUGGCAGAUGUGCUGAAGGGCCACGACAAGACGGUCACCAGCGUAGACAUCGCCCCGAACAGCGGCCGCAUUGUGUCUUGCUCCCAAGAUCGAAACGCUCUGGUCUGGGAGCCGUCUCCCACCGGAUACAAGCCCACCCUCGUUCUUCUUCGAAUCAGCCGUGCUGCCACUUUCGUUCGAUGGUCACCUUCCGAGACCAAGUUUGCCGUAGGCUCCGGAGACCGCGUCAUUGCCGUUUGCUACUUUGAGGAGGAAAACGACUGGUGGGUUUCGAAGCACCUGAAGAAGCCCAUCCGCAGUACCAUCACCAGCGUCGCUUGGCACCCCAACUCCGUGCUCCUCGCCGCCGGCUCUACCGAUGCGCAUGCCCGAGUGCUGUCCGCCUUUGUCAAGGGUGUCGAUGAGCGUCCCGAGCCUUGUGUCUGGGGUGAGCGAUUGCCCUUCAACACCAUCUGCGGAGAAUACCUAAACAACUCUGCUGGCUGGGUGCACUCUGUGGCCUUUUCUCCCAGCGGAAACGCUCUUGCUUUUGCUGCGCAUGACAGCAGCGUCACCGUUGUGUACCCCAGCGGCCCUGAGCAACCCCCCAAGGCCGUCUUGAGCAUUCCUACUCAGCUUCUGCCAUUCAAGAGCUUGCUCUGGAAGGCUGAAGACGAGAUCAUUGCUGCUGGCUACGAUUGCGAGGCUUUCCGUUUCCAGGGCGGCGAGGGAGGCUGGCAGCUUGUCGGUACCAUGGAGUCCAAGGGCCACGCUGGCGCUGGUGAGCAGCGCGAGGAGUCUGCGCUCAACAUGUUCAGACAGAUGGACCUCAAGGGCAAAGUCAAGGACAACACACAAUUGAAGACGGUUCAUCAAAACACAAUCUCCAAUAUCAGACCUUAUGAGGUCUCUGGCGGAAAGGUCACCAAGUUUAGCUCGAGCGGCGUUGAUGGAAGAGUCGUGAUUUGGAAUGCUUAG